AUGCCGGCUGGUACAAAAUUAAUCUUCUCGUCGACCGAAGACUUUAUUACACCAACUCAGAUCAAGAAAGAACCAGAGCGGGAAGUGAAGAGACCGGAGAUAGAUCCUCCACCAGAUUACGACCAGCAGACUAUGGCAAAAUAUCCGUUAGCUCCAACAAGAACUCCUAACAAAACGACUCUGAAGACGACGCCUAGACCCAUGAGAAAAACAACUACCUUUGUUAGCAUCAAAACUACCAUUGCAACUUCUACCGAGCCAACUGAGAAAAUAGUCACUACUUCUAAUACCGAAACCACUACAACAACGAUGACUCAAACCACCACAACCAAGGCCAGUCCAAGACCCACAACGACGAGUUUUUCGACAAUUCGGACGACUCCACCGAGUUCAUUUGACGAUGUGGCGGAUAUUUUGGAAUCUUCCUGGGUUCAAUUUGAAACUGAAAACAUGAAGGAAUACCUCAAUGCCGAAGGGUGGAAAAGCGGCUUUAUGAUGAACAUGGCACUAAAAGUCAACCCCAAGCUAUCAUUUUCGAAGAUAUCAGAAGGAAAAUAUUCGCAGAUAUUUAGAGUUGGUUUCGUGAAGAAAAAGUACCCACUCGACUUCAAUAAGGAAUAUUCUCACGUCAACGGGCUUGACGAGUCAGUUCAUUCUUCCAUAAAGAUCACUGGAGCGAAUAAAUUUGAGAUCUACACAACUGGUGGAAACGCUGGCCCAGUGAGAACAAUCUACGAACUAAAAAACAACGAGUUGGCAAUGAAAUUGACGCUCGUUGAGUCCAGCAUAUCUUCAACCCGCAAAUUUCGUAAAAAUUAA